CUCACAUCUCAAUCCCCUCAUCCUCCUACUCAUACAUGCUCCCAAGAACCCUCCCGCAUCUCCGCAAACUCCAAGCACACACCAAACUCCGCGCCCAAGCUCCCAACCGCAUCCAAACUCAAUUCCAGAGACCCCUCAUUUACCCCACAUUCCCAAUCCGGACCUUCGUCAGGACCUUCGCCAUGCCACCGCUGCCCAAGGUUAUGAAAGGUGUGUUGAUCGAGAAGACGGGUGGGGUGGAGGCUUUGCAGUAUAAGACUGAUCUACCGGUUCCCGCGCCAGAGGAGGGUGAGAUUCUGGUGAGGAAUGAGUUUAUUGGGGUUAAUUAUAUUGAUACGUGAGUUUUGAGAUAUUCUCUUUCUCUUGCUAUUUGCCAAUUCCUUCCCUUUGCAAUUCACACAAGCUACACUCCCUUAAUGCAGCUCAAAAAAUUGGGUAGAUUUGAAUGGAAUUGAAUGGAUAAUCUAACAAUUCUUGCACAAAAACAGCUACUUCCGAACUGGUCUCUACCCCGCCCCCAAACCCGAGAUCCUAGGUCGCGAAGCAGAAGGAACAGUCAUCUCCAUCGGCUCCGGAAACAAGUACAACAUCAAAGAAGGCUCCCGCGUAGUCUGGCUUGGCACAGGCGCCUACGCAGAAUACAGCGCUGUCUCCGUAGAAAAAGCCUAUGUCUUGCCUGAGGAAUUACCUGCUGGUAUUGGAGCUGCUGCUUUGUUGCAAGGUAAUUAUCUAUUCCCUUUCUCCUAUCACAGUACCUCUACAUUCAUAAAGAACCCAAAACCAACAUCCAAAUCCUAAUAAAAACACCAAGGUCUAACCGCCCUAACCCUAAUCCGCGAAUCCCACCCCGUACAGCCCGGCGACUUCAUCCUCGUCCACGCCGCAGCCGGCGGCGUCGGGUUAUGGCUCUGCCAACUGCUCAAAGCGCUCGGAGCCCAUACCAUCGGGACUUCCUCCACACAAGCCAAGAUGGACGAGGCGACGGCCAACGGCGCCGAGUUCAUGGUGAAUUACAAGACGGAAACGGAUUUCGUGGGGAAGAUUAAGGAGAUUACGAAGGGGGAGGGGGUUAGAGCGGUCUUUGAUAGUACGGGGAAGGAUCAGCUUGAGAAUGAUCUCGAGGUGUUGGCGAGGAAGGGGAGUUUGGUUAGUUUUGGGAAUUCGGUUAGUGGAUUCUCUCUCUCUCUUUUUUCUCUAUUGCUUGGGAUGGGAUGGGGAAGGAAGUGUGAGGAAGUGAUGGAGAUGGUUGGGAUUUGGAGAUGUGCUAAUAGCUUAUAGUCUGGGGCUGUCCCUCCUUUCGUGAUCUCCAGAUUAGCGCCGAAAUGUCUCAAGUUACUCAGACCGCAACUAUUCGGUUACAUCUCCACUCGAGAGGAGUACGAGAAAUACUGCGGCGAACUAUUCGAUUUCAUCCUCAAGGACAAGAUGAAUGUCAAGAUCCACGAGACGUACCCACUUGCCGAUAUUCAGAGAGCUCACACGGAUAUUGAAAGCAGGAAGACUACUGGAAAGUUGCUUUUGAAACCAUAA